AUGGAUUCUGGACCAUUUCGUCGGAUAGAAAAAGUUUCAGCACCACUUAAAGGAUCAUUUCCAUUGGAUUAUAAAGGAGAUUGUAAACUUGAAAUGUUAAAAUAUAUGAUAUGUCUUAAUGAACAUAAAAGUAAAAAUUCAGAAUGUAGGAUGGAAGCUAAAAAUUACUUUUCUUGUAGAAUGGAAAGAGGGCUUAUGGAUAAAGAUGAUUGGAAAACACUAGGAUACAAAGAUACAGAAACACCAAAUGAUAGUUAA